UCUCAAAAAAAAUUCAAAUUAGAGGUACAAAAAGAGGCUGAAGGAUCUAUUAUUUAUUAGCAUCUUAUAAUCGUUUCUUAAGUACUUGUUCCAAUCGUCUCAUAUUUAUAGUCAUGCAUGUUUGACUUUUCACGGCCGAGGCGUGUUUUAAAACACAAUAUCUCCAUUUUUGUUUUAAAAAUAAAAAUUCAAUAUUUUAAAACUGUAUAUCGAUAUGAAAUCCAACAAGAUUUCAAGUGAAUAUAUUAUUUUGUACAAGGUAUAAAUUAAUGAUUUAAUAAUAGUAUAUACAUGGUCAAUUUUAAAAUUUUGACUUAAAAAACUGAAACAUGACUAUAAAUACGGGACUGAGAUCGAGGUACUAGUUAUCUAGAGGAACUUCAAGCUACUUAGUUUACAAGAUUUGGCAAUGCAUGCUUCUAAACAACAACUAGCAAUAUUAUCAUUAGCCAUUGUAUUAAUUGGUAUGUUUGUGAUGCCUAAAUGUCAAUUAGUAUUAGCAACUCAUCAAAGUUUGAGUACUUCAUCAUCAUCAUCAUCAUCAUCAUCAUCGUCAUCAUCAUCGUCAUCAUCUUCAUGUGAGUUCCCGGCUAUAUUCAACUUCGGAGACUCAAACUCCGACACCGGUGGCCGGGCCGCGGCGUUUGGCCAAAUAGGACCACCUCAUGGUGAGACUUUUUUCCAUGCCCCUGCCGGAAGAUACUCCGAUGGCCGUCACGUCAUUGAUUUUAUAGCUGAAAGCUUUGGAGUUCCUUACCUGAGCGCAUAUCUUGAUUCAGUGGGAUCUAAUUUUAGCCAUGGAGCCAACUUUGCUACGGCGGGGUCCACCAUUAGACCUCAAAAUACCACUUCUUACAGUCCUUUUUCUCUUAAAAUUCAGUAUAAUCAGUUUCGUGAUUUCCAGCAAUAUUCUCAAGUAUUUCGUCAUAAAGAUGAAGUUUUCAAGAAAUUAUUACCGAAGGCAAAGUAUUUCUCUAAAGCUCUUUACACAUUCGACAUUGGUCAGAAUGAUUUAACGGGCAGUUUUUCUCCUAAUAUGUCACCCGAACAAAUCAAAGCAACAAUGUCCGACAUAUUAGAUCAGAUCAAAACAUACAUCAAGUCGAUUUAUGACCUUGGAGCAAGAUACUUUUGGAUACACAAUACGGGCCCACUUGGAUGCCUACCUUAUGUGCUAAAUGGGCUAUCACUGAAUGCCACCCAAGUGGACCAGACUGGAUGUGGAAUCUCUUUAAAUGAAUUGGCCCAAUACUUUAACUUUGGGCUUAAGAAAGUUGUGGUCCAACUCAGAGAAGACAUGCCACUAGCUGCGGUCACAUACGUUGACGUGUACUCAAUCAAGUACGACCUCAUUAGCCAAGCUAACAAAUAUGGUUUUAUAGAUCCAUUGAUAGCAUGUUGUGGACAAGGAGGAAAGUAUAACUAUGACUCGCAUAAAGGUUGCGGAGCAAGGUACAUGGACCAUGGUAAGGAAAUUCUAGUCGGAUCUUGCAAAGAUCCACGGGUUAAGAUCAAUUGGGAUGGAGCUCACUACACCGACGCAGCAAAUAAAUGGGUCUUCGGCCGUUUAGAGAAUGGGUUAUAUUCGGAUCCGCCUAUUCAGUUGAGAAUGGCAUGCUACAAGCAAUAAUACUUGGAUACGUUGGAUGCG